UGAAGGCGCACCGUGCUGACUUUGUGUAACUCUUCCUGCUUUAACCCACGAGAGUCCACGCGUCACUUUUUUUUACCCGUGCCUGUCGGAUCUGUAUGGCCCCAUCGAUCGCCAUGUCAGCCCUGACUGCUGCUCUGAAAACCGAAGAUCUCCCUCCACGCGCGGUUCUUGUCAGCAGAGGCGACAUGCAGACCAGCCUGAGCCCCGCCGCAGAGGACACUGGGAAGCCCAAAGUUGCUAUCUUGCCCUUCAGCGUGGAGGCGCUGAUGGCAGAUAGGAAACCCAGCAGAGAGGUGACAUCCCCGGAUGGCACCACGUCUAUUCCUGGGACGUCCCAGACGCUGGGAAAAAGCGCGAGGAUGGGCUCAUUCGGUAGUCUGGAUACUUCGGUUCCUGGUUUGGCCAUGAGCUCGACGUUUUCAGUAGGAGACAUCAUGAGCAUGCCGGAGGACGUGUUGAUAAAACCAGAGAGUCCGGACAGUAAAGACAGGACGUCAUGGAUGCAAAGUCCUCGGUUUUCUCCAACUCCUCCACGCAGAUUGAGUCCCCCAGCUUGCCCUUUGAGAAAACACAAGACCAACAGAAAGCCUCGGACCCCCUUCACCACGUCCCAGCUGCUGGCCUUGGAGAGAAAGUUCCGUCAGAAGCAGUACCUCUCCAUCGCCGAGCGCGCAGAGUUCUCCAGCUCCCUCAACCUGACGGAGACCCAGGUCAAGAUCUGGUUUCAGAACAGGAGAGCCAAAGCCAAGAGACUGCAGGAGGCAGAGCUUGAAAAACUGAAAAUGGCAGCUAAGCCCAUGUUGCCUCCAGCUUUCGGGAUUUCCUUUCCUCUCGGUGCGCACGUGCCCGCGUCUUACGCAGGAUCGCAUCCGUUCCAGAGGCACUCUCUGCCGGUUUCCCCCGUGGGACUGUACGCCGCUCACGUCGGAUACAGUAUGUACCACCUCGCCUGACAGGGACACAGAAAAACACACGAAGGGGCUGGGGACUACUUUUGGAAAGACCCUGAGAAAGAAAAGGGCCACUUUGGAGAGACUUGACUUUUUAGUAAAUACAGAGGCAUCCUGGCGGUGAGCUCAGUGUCACUUCAUAAAGACCCCCUUCUGAGGAGCCUGAACUUAAUCCACUUCUCUUGACCUCGUCAGUAAGUGUACACACUGCAAAAAUAUAAAUUAAUAACCCACCUUGAAUCUUGAUCUGAUUUCCCAGUGGACUUUGAAUAACAAUGCCACAUCAGUGCCAGAAAACGCACUCCUUCAGUGUGAGGAUAAAUGACUUGAAGAUGGAGUGUUUUGGUGAAGGGUCAGAAAAAGUAGGCCUUUUUUUAAAGACUGGACAGUAAAGUGUGUCAAAAAUUGCUCCUAAACAAACCUUACAAGAGGAAACCAGAGACCGUUGCAUUGCUUGAUUGUAGGCUUUGCUGCCUCUAAGCCAAAAUCCUCUUUUCCAGUUGUUUUGCAUUUAUGCCAAUGCGCCUGUAAGGUGGGUUACUGAAUCCAGUGUCAAUGAAUGCUCUUUGUGAAUUAUGGAGAACCACAGCAUUUUGUUUUAUGACAGCACUGUCUGCUGUUGCAAUGAUUCCCUUUGGAAGGGAUAUGUGUACUGUAAAAUAAUGUAUAUUUGAAGAAUAUCCUCAUUUAUAUUAUGAAUAUAUUUGUGACAUAACUUAACAAUAAAUUGUUUAUUCUUUUUUCA